GCAACUCGUUCUGUUUUGCGUGAAGCUCUGUAUAUAUUGGUUUUGUCUCUCGAUUUGCUUCGGCAGUAGGUUAUGCGAUUGUGUGCACAACGUUGAGGGAUUGUUGUUGACGUACGAGUCCUGUUGGAGAAUAGUCUGAGGAAGAAGUGCGAGUUGUAGUUGAGAGAGUUUGGUUUCGAAAUGGCGGGGAAAGGAGAAGGAACGGCGAUCGGAAUUGACCUCGGAACGACGUAUAGCUGCGUUGGAGUGUGGCAGCAUGAUCGGGUGGAGAUUAUUGCCAAUGAUCAGGGGAACCGCACCACGCCGUCGUAUGUUGCGUUCACGGACACGGAGAGGUUGAUUGGAGAUGCGGCGAAGAACCAAGUGGCGAUGAACCCGGUGAAUACCGUGUUUGAUGCGAAGCGGCUGAUUGGAAGGCGGUUCGAUGAUGCGUCUGUUCAGAGUGAUAUGAAAUUGUGGCCGUUUAAGGUGAUUGCUGGCCCCGGGAGUAAGCCUAUCAUUGUUGUGAAUUACAAAGGGGAGACGAAGCAGUUUGCUGCGGAGGAGAUCUCGUCCAUGGUGUUGAUUAAGAUGAAAGAGAUUGCGGAAGCGUUUCUUGGAAAGACUGUGAAGAAUGCUGUUAUUACUGUGCCUGCAUAUUUCAAUGAUUCGCAGAGGCAGGCGACGAAGGAUGCAGGUGCCAUUGCGGGUAUCAAUGUUCUGCGCAUCAUUAAUGAGCCUACGGCAGCUGCUAUUGCUUAUGGCUUGGACAAGAAGGGUCAAUCAGUGGGAGAGAAGAACAUUUUGAUAUUCGACCUUGGGGGUGGAACUUUUGAUGUGUCGUUGUUGACCAUUGAGGAAGGAAUCUUUGAGGUGAAGUCCACGGCUGGAGAUACUCAUCUUGGUGGCGAGGACUUCGACAAUCGGGUCGUGAAUCACUUCGUUCAAGAAUUUAAGAGGAAGUACAAGAAGGAUAUUACGGGCAAUGCUAGAGCUCUUCGCCGCUUACGCACAGCCGCUGAAAGAGCGAAGAGGACAUUGUCAGCGACUGCACAGACCACCAUCGAGAUUGAUUCCUUGUAUGAUGGUGUGGAUUUCUACUCUACCAUCACGAGAGCAAGGUUCGAGGAAUUGAAUAUGGACCUUUUCCGAAAAUGUAUGGAACCUGUUGAGAAGUGUUUGCGGGACGCGAAGAUGGACAAGGGUCAGGUGCACGAGGUGGUGCUCGUUGGUGGCUCCACUCGGAUUCCUAAGGUGUUGAGCCUCCUUCAAGAUUUCUUCAACGGGAAGGAAUUGUGCAAGAGCAUUAACCCCGAUGAGGCGGUUGCUUAUGGGGCAGCGGUUCAAGCUGCAAUUCUGAGCGGUGAGGGGAAUCAAAAGGUUCAAGAUCUACUGCUGUUGGAUGUUACUCCUCUUAGCCUCGGUCUUGAAACCGCCGGUGGUGUCAUGACAACUCUUAUUCCAAGGAACACGACAAUUCCCACGAAGAAAGAGCAAGUGUUCUCUACCUACGCUGAUAAUCAGCCAGGUGUUCUUAUCCAGGUCUUUGAGGGAGAGAGGGCAAGAACAAGAGACAACAAUCUAUUGGGGAAAUUUGAGCUUGCUGGCAUUCCACCUGCUCCUCGAGGUGUGCCGCAGAUUAACGUUUGCUUCGAUAUUGAUGCUAAUGGUAUCCUUAAUGUGUCUGCCGAGGAUAAGACAGCUGGUGUUAAGAACAAGAUCACAAUCACGAAUGACAAGGGCAGGUUGAGUAAGGAGGAUAUCGAGAAGAUGGUGCAAGAUGCGGAGAGAUAUAAGAACGAGGAUGAACAGGUUAAGAAAAAAGUGGACGCCAAAAAUGGGCUCGAAAACUAUGCCUACAACAUGAGAAACACCAUCAAGGAUGAGAAAAUUUCGGGUCAGCUCAGCAGCGACGACAAGCAGAAGCUGGAGAAGGCUGUGAAUGAUGCUAUCAACUGGUUGGAUGCGAAUCAACUUGCUGAAGUCGACGAAUUCGAGCAUAAGCAGAAAGAGCUAGAGAACAUUUGCAACCCCAUCAUUUCACACAUGUACCAAGGAGGUGUUGGAGGCGGCGGAAGCCCUAACUCGGCAGGUGGAUAUGCCGGGGCCGCGAAUGCUGGUGCCGGUGGAGCUGGUCCGACAAUUGAAGAAGUGGACUAAUUAACCAAACUUCUUUAACACAUGAAUUCACAAUGAUGAUCCUUAACACAUCGUGAACUGUGGUCGCACCCCACGUUCCAAUCACUUUUACACAAUGUUGCCAUUCUCUUGUUUUACGGUGCACAAAUUUCCCUUAAUUAGUGAGACCCAGUUUUUUCACUGAGUCUACGAUCUUGUGUUAUGAGACAAGCUUAUGGGAAAGAAAUGUUUGUGAGGAUGAGUUUUUGAAUGACUUUUCGGCAAUUUGUUUCAAACCAGCUAGUCUCAUAAGAUAAUUUUCAUGUAUCGAUCCAGAUUCGAUUUCUACAAAAUAUCUUAGAGAUAUGACGUUCUUAAUAUUCUAAUUUUCAAUGGAAUGAUUUUUGAGUUUC